AAUUUCAUUACACGUAUAAAACAGUCUCAUUGAAUUUUAAAUGAAAAAUAUAGUUACAUUAAAUCGAAAAAGUCCACGAAAUGGACAGUGACGAAAAUCAAUUACAAACGAAUUCUAAAACAAAGAACAAGCGUAAGAAAUAUUUGAAACGCAGCAAAGAGGUUGAAUAUGACUUGAAAGAUGCUGUAGAAGCAUUCGAUGAAGCGUUGGAAUUGACUGAAAACGAACAAGACAAUGUAACAUCCGAUGAAGCUGUUGAAAGCGUGUUUGUCGACGCUAUCAUGAAAACACCACCAAAAUUGCUUCACCCACAAAAAGUUAUCUAUCCAGAACCUGUCGAAAUACCACCUGUAGAGACAAAAAACAUCGAAGAGAAAAGGGUAUCAGAUUCAAAAAUCACAGAUCAAGUCGAGGAGAUAGAAAGUGAAAGUAAAUUUUACAAUAAUAGAGCGUUAACGAAAUACGCUACGACAUACGAAUUAGAAAAAUUUGAGAAGAACGCUUUGUUAAUAUUUAAUCAAGAAAAUAUUUAUGGUUAUAGUCCUAGGAAAGGUACGGAGAAGGACGUUGAAUCUUUGACAGUGACAUUUCAAAAGUUUGGCUUUGAAGUCGUAGAACAUAAGGACCUAACUAAAGACGAAGUUUUGAACGAAAUUAAAGAAUUCUCAUCUAGAGAUCUCAGAGACUACGGCUGCAUCGGGAUAGCAGUACUUACGCACGGAUCGAGCGACGGUAUGCUGAGAGCUAAGGACAUGCAGUAUAGCGAAAAAGAGAUUUUACGGCAUUUUAAAGUACACGACAAACCAUUCUUGGUCACAAAACCGAAGUUCUUGAUAAUACAGGCAUGCAGGGGCAAAGAGGAGAUGCAGGGUGCGGCAGUUUUCAGGUCGGGAAAGCUAAGGAAGGACUUGGACGAAGACUUGGAGCCUUACGUGUUGCCAAUUGAAGCGGAUAUGCUGAUAUUGCACAGUUCUUACUCCGGGAAACCAUCACACAGGCACGAAGUCGACGGAUCAUGGUUCAUCCAAUCAUUGUGCAGUAAGAUAAACGAAUUAUCGGAAACACACGAUUUAGAGUCUAUAAUAACCGAAGUCAAACGAGAAGUCGCCAUAGAUAGAUACCACAAAGAGUUUAACAGGAGAACAUCGGAAUACGACAUUAACAAACAGAUGCCGGUUAUUACUUCAACGCUCAUAAGAAAGUUGUAUCUGAGGAAAUACAUGGAUCCGCCAGUAAGCCAAUGCUUGAUCAAACCGACGCCGGCGAUAAGCGAGUCAUCUAAGAAUGAGGUGUUAGACGAAUCCACUCCGGAUACAAAUUUAUUGGUCCAAUGCGGACAAUGUACUUGCUAUUUAGAUCAUUUUCUUUACAUGAAAAGCUGUUUAGAGUAUUAUUUAGAAGUACGACCGGACGACGAAACCGCUCUGAAUUUCUUGAAAGUUGCGAAUACGUUCCAGCAUUUAGACGAAUUUAAUUCGUCAAAGGAACAGAUGGUGACGGCCAUCAGUAAAUAUCUAAUGAAGAACGCCGAAGGGAUGCAUUUUUAUAAAUAUUUGUACUUUUAUAAAGAUUAA